AUGUCUUAUCUAAUACUUAUAUUUUUAGUUGGGGUGGUGUUGGGUUUAAUUGCGGUUGCUUCUAAUCCUUCACCUUUUUUUGCUGCCCUGGGAUUAGUGGUAGUGGCUGGCUUCGGGUGUGGGGUGCUGGUAGGUCACGGGGGAAGUUUUUUAUCUUUAAUUUUGUUCUUAGUUUAUUUAGGGGGAAUAUUAGUUGUGUUUGCAUAUUCAGCGGCUUUAGCUGCGGACCCUUACCCAGAGAGUCUAGGAAGUCGGCUUGUUGCUGUAUACAUGGUUGUUUAUUUAAUGGUGGUGUUCUUGGUUUCUGGCCUAUUUUGAGAGGGAUGAUAUGAAUCUUUUUGGGUUUCGGUAGAUGAGUUUGCUGAUUUUUCUGUAUUUCGAGGGGAUAUAGGAGGGGUUGCAGUAAUAUAUUCGUUAGGGGGAGAGAUGUUAAUUAUUAGCGCAUGGGUGCUUCUUCUUACUCUUCUUGUAGUACUAGAACUUACUCGGGGCCUGAGUCGGGGAACUAUCCGUGCAGUUUAA